AUGUCUGAAGUGGAUGUCGCCAUCGUUGGCGGGGGCGUUGCUGGGCUAGCUGCCGCGGUGACUUUGGCAGAGCAGGGCCUGAAAGUCGUGGUCCUCGAGAGCCGCUCCAUCCUGGGCGGCAGGGCGCGCAGCUGGGUGGAUGGCGUUACGCGCGAUCCGGUGCACAUCGGCCCGCAUGUGGUGGUCUCUGAGUACCCCAACUUCUUCAAGCUGCUGGAGAAGUUGCAGACAUUGGAGAAGAUUGUGUGGCAGCCCUGGCGCCACUUCGUGACGUUCGUGCAGGGAAAGGUCGACUAUCACAUCAGGACACGGCCGCUCCCCGCCCCGGCCUCCUGGGGUCCAGCGUCCAUCUUCGACCCGUUUGUGACAUGGGCAGAUAAGCAUUCCACGGUCCCUGCUGCAGUGCACUGCCUCGGCCUUGAUGAAGAGGAGCUGAUGAAGCUGGACGGCCAGUCCGGCGCAGAGUUUCUCAGAGGCCUGGGCGUGACGGAGGACUACAUCCGCCACUUCUGGGGUUUUCUCUCCCAUGCCAUCCUCAACGUGCCAGUGGAGGAGGUCUCGGCCGCAGCACUGGUGCGCUUCUUCCGGCGCCUGGUGGGGCGGUCCUCCAUGGAGAUGGGCUUUUCGGGAUGCGGCUUGGGCGAGCUCCUCGUGCCCGCGAAACCCUUUCUCGAAAAGCUCGGCUCCACCGUCCGCACCAGCACCGAGGUCAGGGGAUUCCUCGGCAGUGAGCGCUGCGAAGGCGUGGUCCUGGACUCAGGCGAAGAGAUCCGACCGAAGCUGGGAGUCAUCAGCUCUCUGCCCCCACAGACCUUCCUGCCACUGGUGCCGGUUGCCUGGGAGGGCGCUGGCUUCCGAAGUUUGGAGGCAUUGAAGCCGUGCAAGUACAUCUCCGUCUAUCUCUGGUUCGACCGUAAGGUCACAGAAGGGAUGCAGAUGUGGGCAAGGACAUACAGCAAGGACGACUUGAACUGCGAGUUCUACGACUUCUCCGAGAUCUAUCCUGGAAAGGACGCUCAAGGGCAGCCAUGGAAGGAGCGGCCCUCAUUCGUCGGAUCCAACAUCAUCGAUUCGGGGAGGCUGGCAGACAUGACCGAUGAGGAGAUCGUUCAGGGCACCCUCCGAGAGAUGCAGGAGCGGUUCCCCAAGGCUCUGGAAGCAAAGGUGCUGCACUCUGUGGUGAACCGCAUUCCCAUGGCCAUCCACCGCCCCGUGGUGGGGACCGAGUCCCUCCGCCCAGAUCAGGCCACAGAGGUGCCUGGUCUCUAUCUCGCGGGCUGCUGGACACGGACGGAGUUCCCGAGUUCCAUGGAGUCUGCAGCCCGCAGCGGCUUUCUCGCAGCAGACGCGCUGCUUCGCGGGCAGGGGCGGCAAAGCCAGGCCGCGAUUGCUUACGGGCCCAUCUCCCUUUCGGCGCGGCUGGUGGGGAAGCUCGAUGUGCUCAGGCCCAUGCUGCUCGCACCACUCUUUCGAGGAUUGGUUCGCCUGAGCGGCGCGCCCAAGAGCAAGCUUUGA